CUUUAACUACUCGUAAGCAUGUUGUCCUGCUCACACUGAACUGUUUACAGUCGUUUUGUUGCAUCCAGUUUAAGGAGUGUCAUUGCCUCUUUUAGAACUCCUUAUCCAACGCGAAUAUAUGUUUUGUAAUACCGCUCAUCAUGGAAACGGACACGUCCCUCCUCAGUGUUGAACUGGAACAGAAACAGCAAGAGGAGCUUUAUCAGCAACUCCUGCUUCAGACCAUAGGGAAAAUACAAAGUGACAGUCCUCCUUCCAAAGUCAUCCGACCACAACCAGGCAUGUGUGUGAAGACCUCCUCUGUGUUGGACAAACAGAAAGUCUUUUUGAAUAUCUGUCAGUCACCGGCUGUACCACCCCCUCCUCACCUGUCCCAGGAAGCACUGGUGGAUCUACUGGAGUCAGAAGACCCUACAGGUUACAGAGUGCCCAUGAGUCUCGGCGAGCCCCAUACCGAAAUGGACAACAACUCACAAGGCUGCACAGUGUAUGAUGUCGUGAUCAAUGAUGAGUUUUUCCAGAAAUGUCAGAAAGACACCCUGUUCCAGCAAUUUCUUAUAGCAGUUUCUUUGGAGGGAAUGGAAAACAAAUACAGUCUAGAAUUAAGCAGAGAUAUUAAGAUUUUGAAGAACAGGAAGUUCAUGGGUUCUGUUGUAGAGCAAAACAUUCGCACCAAGAACAAGCCAGUUAUCCAGGAAAUUGAUUCCAAGAAAUCUAACACCACACCUUCAUCUACUAAACGCCCAGAGUUCUGUUUACUGGUUGAGCCCCCAACUAGAAAUGCUGAAUAUCUGAUCGCAGAGAUCCUGCUUCCGGGAGUGAUGUCUGCUCGCUGUCUUGUUCUGGACUUGGGAGAAGACAGGCUAGUGCUGAUUGCUCGACCUUCUCUUUUCCACUUGGAUAUUCUCUUUCCUUUGCUUAUUGACCAAGAAAACAGUGUAGCCCAGUACAACACACAAACACAGACUCUCACAGUGACCAUGCCAGUAGUGUCUUCAUAAAAACUAUUGCAAGGCUUUCAAUUCACAAUAAAUGUUUUCAUUUUGUACAUUGAAUGCGAUAUGGUGUGUUUGUAUCCAGUGUACUUAACAAUAUGUGAAAACCAUGAAAACGCCUCCAAUCAAGAAUUUUUUAAACUUUAAUAUCUGCUAUUAUUCAUGUUAAAUAAGUGGAUGUAUGUCAAAUUUAGAGCACUUUCACCAGAUGAGAACUUGAAAUAUAUAGAAUGAUGGAGAUAUUGAUGAAAGUUCUGAAGAUGUCUCCUGUUGCCCUCUACCUUCUACUUGUGGUUCCACAACUGAAAGAGAGGCCAAGGGAACGUAACAAAUUUAAUGACAAAUUUAAUUAUACCUGUCAUUGCAAAUAGCAUGUAGUUGGUAUUCCUCUUCAUGUUCCUAACAAGUAGGAAGUCAGUAAUCACUUAAAUACGUAAUUAAAUCCAGUACCUUAAUAAAGUAUUCAGCAUA